AUGGGUUUUAUAUCAAGCGUACUAUGUUGUGGCAAUGAAGAUGAUGAACCCAUUACAAGGUAUCAAACCAACCCUGAGCCCAAAUCCAAGGACAUAUCAGAUAUAAAUUCAAGCCGGACACAUAAACAGAGAUCAAGGCAUCAACAUCAACAUCGCCAACAACCACGUCAUCGUUCUCGUCAUUCUAGGUCACCUCAGCGUUAUGAGAAACAAAAGGAGGAUGAAUUGAAGAAAGGGGAUAUCGAAUCAGUUAAUUUAAAGAAUGGUAAAAAAUCAGAGAGCACUAGCACAACGUCAGAUACGUCAGGUAAUACAUUGGAUUCGUCAUCACGUGAGCGAUCUAAGAAGAAGGAGAAACAAUCUGAAUCAUCGCCACCAAAGCCUAUUGAGAGGAAAGACAAUGAUGUUGCAACUACUACCACUAGUGAUGAUGAGAAGGGAUGUGAAUUAGUUGAUGAAGCAGAGGCGGAUUCCGACGAAUUACCAACCGCUGGAAGCGAGUCUAAAGCGAGGGAGUCCGCUAACGAAGAGAGAGAAACAGAUCAUCAAAAUAUAAACAGAAGAGAUAAUGUUUCUUCUAGGAGUGCUGCGCAAAGAGCAUCUCAAAAUGUAGCACACGAACAAGAACAGAACGAUGUGGGAUACAUACAGGAUCAAAACACUUCCGAUCCUAAUAUAAUAACACAGACAUCAUCACACCCUGACAGUAAUAUAGAUUUAACUAGGAAUUAUAGUGCUGAAACGGCGACCACCUCAAUGGCUACGACAAUGACGACGACAACGUACGAUGAUGAAGAUGAAGAAGAUGAAUUUAUCGAUUUGACAUUGUUGCAACCCAUGCAAUACCACGCACCUGGGUUUAACACCCUCUUACCGCCCAAGACUGAGAAGAAAUUAAUCGGGAAGAAAUGUCUGGUCCUCGAUUUGGAUGAGACAUUGGUGCAUUCUUCCUUCAAGUAUUUACAAACUGCAGAUUUUGUACUACCUGUGAACAUUGAUGAACAAAUCCAUAACGUCUAUGUGAUAAAGAGGCCCGGCGUGGAGGAGUUCCUUAAGCGUGUCGGUGAACUCUUUGAAGUUGUUGUUUUCACUGCUAGUGUGGCCCGGUAUGGGGAUCCUCUUUUAGAUAUAUUGGACCCGGGGAGACAGCUAAUACAUCAUCGUCUGUUUAGAGAGGCAUGUUACAAUUAUGAGGGGAAUUAUAUCAAAAAUCUUUCGCAGAUGGGGAGACCCUUGUCUGAGAUUAUUAUUUUAGAUAAUUCACCUGCAUCUUAUAUUUUCCAUCCACAACACGCCAUUCCUAUUUCAUCAUGGUUUUCAGAUUCACAUGAUAAUGAAUUAUUAGAUAUUAUACCGUUAUUGGAGGAUUUAGCGAAUAUUAAAUCAUUGGAUGUUGGUAAAAUUUUAGAUGUGACUAUAUGA